GGAGUCGGCGUCGGGGGCAGUGCGGGCUUGGCGGGCUGGGGAUCAUCGCUUAGAGGCGCCUGCACGGGCGGCUGCUUCGGGGCUCGCAGGAUGCCGGCGGCGCGACGGCGCGGAGUGCGAGUGCUGUGGCUGCUGCUGUGGGUGGCCCUGGUGCGCUGCUACAACGUGGACGUGGGGCGCCCCGUGGUUUUCCAGGGUCCCAACGGCUCCUUUUUCGGGUACUCGGUGCUGCAGCACUACCACGACAGCACGCGAUGGGUCUUGGUUGGUGCUCCGAAGGCAGAAUCUAAAUACAGCACCUCUGUUCAGUCCCCAGGAGCAGUGUUUAAAUGUCGAGUCCAUACCAAUCCUGAGAGAAGAUGCACAGAACUGGAUAUGGGACGAGGCAAUUCUCGGGGCACACCCUGUGGAAAGACUUGUAAAGAAGACAGAGAUGAUGAAUGGAUGGGUGUGAGCCUGGCUAGACAGCCGAAGGCUGGUGGAAGUGUGCUGGCAUGUGCACACCGCUGGAAAAACAUCUACUAUGAGACAGAGUACAUCUUGCCCCAUGGCUUCUGCAACAUCAUUCCUCCCAACUUGCAGUCCAAUGGGAGAAGGCUCUUGCCCUGCUAUGAAGAGUACAAGAAGAAAUAUGGGGAGGAGCACGGUUCAUGCCAGGCAGGGAUCGCAGGCUUCUUCACCGAGGAGCUGGUCGUCAUGGGGGCACCAGGAUCGUAUUAUUGGACAGGAACUGUCAAAGUACUGAAUCUCACUGACAACACGUAUUACAAGCUGAAUGAUGAUGCCGUGAUAGCCAGGCGGUACACAUACCUUGGAUAUGCAGUGACAGCAGGUCAUUUUUCCCAGCCGACUACCACUGACAUUGUAGGAGGAGCUCCCCAGGAUGGAGGCAUUGGAAAGGUUUAUAUUUUUAGAACAGACAGACGAUCAGGCUCUCUAAUAAAGAUUUUUCAGGCUUCAGGAAAAAAGAUGGGCUCUUACUUUGGCUCCUCCUUAUGUGCAGUUGAUCUGAAUUCUGAUGGGUUGUCAGACCUGCUGGUUGGAGCACCUAUGUUUUCUGAGAUCAGAGAUGAGGGUCAAGUCACGGUCUAUAUCAACAGAGGAAACGGAGUGCUGGAAGAGCAGCUCAUCCUGGAUGGUGACAGCGCUUAUAAUGCACACUUUGGGGAGACCAUAGCCACCCUCGGUGACAUUGAUGACGAUGGCUUCCCAGAUGUUGCCGUUGGAGCACCUAAGGAGGAUAAUUACGUAGGAGCAGUGUACAUUUACCAUGGCGAUUCCAAUGGUAUUAUACCUCAGUACUCUAUGAAGCUGUCUGGGCAAACAAUAAACCCAAAGCUGCGUAUGUUUGGCCAGUCCAUAUCAGGGGGAGUUGAUAUGGAUAGCAAUGGUUAUCCAGAUAUGACUGUUGGAGCCUUCUUGUCAGACAAUGUGGUACUUCUGAGAUCCAGGCCUGUCAUUACCAUGGACAUCUCCAUUUUCCUGCCCGUAUCUAUCAAUAUCACAGCUCCUCAGUGCCAUGAUGGCUUGCAGCCAGUGAACUGCCUCAAUGUCACAGCAUGCUUUCGCUUCAGCGGCAAGCAUGUUCCUGGAGAAAUAGGUUUGAAUUAUAACUUGACUGCUGAUGUGGCAAAGAAGGAAAAGAGCCAUCAACCCAGUUACUUUGUGACUUCUGGAGAGACAGCAGGGCAGAUCACAGAGAAGUUACAACUGUCAUAUAUGCAGGAGUGCGAGCAUUACCUAGCAUAUGUCAAGAAAAGAGUCAAAGAUGUCAUCUCUCCAAUUGUAUUUGAAGCUGCAUACAGCCUUUGGGAACAUGUGAUAGAAAGAGGAAAAGAGGACAAGGAACUACCUGCUCUCAAGCCCAUUCUCCGUUGGAAGAAAGGACAAAAGAUAGCACAAAGGAAUCAGACUGUUUUUGAGAGGAACUGUCAAUCUGAUGACUGUGCUGCUGAUUUGAAACUUCAUGGUAAAUUACUGCUGUCAAGUGUUGAUGACAGAACUGCCUACCUGGCCCUGGGAGCAGUGAGGAACAUCUCGCUUAACAUUUUCAUCUCUAACAUUGGGGAUGAUGCCUAUGACACGAAUGUUUUCUUCAAUUUUUCUGGGGAGCUCUUCUUCAUCAAAAUGUGGCAAAAGGAGGAGCUGGGCAUUGCCUGUGAGUUGCUGGAAUCAGAUUUCCUCAAGUGCAGUGUAGGAUUUCCUUUCAUGAGGUCAAAUUCUAGGUAUGAGUUCAGUGUGAUCUUUGACACAAGCCACUUGUCCGGGCAGGAAGAAACACUUACCUUCCUUGUCACUGCCCAAAGUGGAAACCUAGAACACAGUGAAUCUCUGCAUGAUAAUAUUCUAACCCUGUCGGUACCUCUGAUGCAUGAAGUGGCUUCAUCCAUCAAUGGAGAAGUCUUCCCUACUUCAUUUUUCUAUGGCGAUUCUGUGGAAGCGUCCAACUUUGUUCAGUUGGAAAACCAUGAAUGCCUUUUCCAGUCUCUCAACUUCACCCUGCAGGUUUACAAUGCUGGACCAAGCACUCUCCCUGGAGCUUUUCUUGACAUUUCAUUUCCAAACCGCCUCUCUGCCACUGGAGACGAAAUAUUUCAUAUUCAGCAGAUGAUGGUUGGCCAGGACAAAGGAAGCUGUUCUUUCCACAGAAACCACAGCCCAUGUGUUGUUCCUCAAGAGAAUGAAAAUAUUUUCCACACAAUAUUUGCUUUUUUCACGAAGUCUGGCAGAAAAGUAUUGGACUGUGAAAGACCAGGCAGGUCCUGCUUAAUUAUACACUGCAACUUAAGCUCACUACCCAAAGCAGAGUCCUGUGAUAUAAGUAUCUACAUGCUGCUGAAUACCGAGAUACUCAAGAAGGACAGUUCCUCGGUCAUCCAGUUUGUCACAAGGGCAAGGUUGAGGAUGGACGGUGACCUCAGAGUUGUGGAGGUGCCGAGUGGGAGCCCACAAGAAAAAUCAGUGGUCUUUGAGGCUUUGCACAAUCUGGAACCUCGUGGAUAUGUUGUCGGAUGGAUCAUUGCCAUCAGUUUGCUGGUGGGAAUUCUCAUCUUCCUAUUGCUUGCUGUGCUCUUAUGGAAGAUGGGCUUCUUCCGCCGGAGGUAUAAAGAAAUUAUUGAGGCCGAAAAGAGCAAAAAGGAGAAUGAAGAUAGUUGGAACUGGGUCCAGAAAAACCAAUGA